GGCUCGUCACUGUUUCCGUCGAUGGAUCCCUACGGCGCUGGAUCUUCGUCUCUUCGUCGUCCAAUACACGAUUUAGAGUACCGGCAGGUGGGAGGGACAGACGACGAUGAGGAGAUUCAGGAGGUAGACGACCUCGCGCAGAUGGAGUGGGUGAAUACGUUCUUCUCUUCUGCACCGACGCAGGAGGUCGUCGGCACUUCACAGCUGGGGGGUGCCCCACUCGUGACGCAGGACUACAGUCAGGUGGAACAGAUGCCUGUUCCUGAGCAGGGUCGUCGGUCCACUCGCCAGACCAUCCCGCCGGAGCCACUGACGUACUCACAGCACCACACUAGGGCGGGCCAGGCUGCAGAGCGACGUGGCAGGAGGAGAGGGGGCAAGCGCGGACGCAUCUAGUUUACAGGUUGUAGCUUGUUAAUUAAUUUGUUCCGUCAUACUAUCUUAUGUAUGCAUGUGCAGACUAUGAUUCGAUGUGUC